CCAAAAAACAUUAUCUGCGUAAAAAUAGAUAAUUGAGAAGCGUGUUUCGUAGUGUUAGGAACCUCUUUAUCAGUAUUGAGAUUACUAAGAAAGGAAACAUUUCAUCAGACGCUAAGAUUUUUUAUUUAUAGCAUAUGUGCAUAAAAUUAUGGCGGAAUAUUCAGUAGUGAUCGAGUGUGAUGCGUAUUUUAGUUCGAGUGAUAUCAGUUCGAUUAUAAACAACACCAAUUACGACGAUGCUAGGUUUUGUGUUGUGUUUAGUAGCUAUUUUGGCAAUCGCUUGUGCUAAAGAUCCCUUCGAUUACGACUUGGAGACCUGCGUUAAAAUUUUCUACUCCACAGAAGAUACCUACAGUAUAUACUGUCUUAAGUUUUUAGAGAAUCACGAAUCUUUAGGAAUAAUUACAGACCACAACGAUACUAUACUUUUCAAACAAGUCUCAGACCAAUCUGAUGAGAGCAAAAUCUGCGUUAACGUUCACAAUAUUCAAACUAGCGAAAAAUACUGCAUAGGCCUACUUUCCCGGAACUGCUUAAGUUUACAAGAAGAUCCAAAAAAAGGUUUUACGAAGACUCCAGAGGACGUACCAUGCAAAGAAUUCCAUUUAGGAGAUGCACCUUUUUACUGCAUAGGAUUUAGUAACGCAGACUUCACUUUAGUGUUUUAUUGUGAACCAAAUAUUUAUUAUCACCCUAGGCGUACUAUUUUGUACAUUCCAGAUAACAAACCACCAAAAAGAGAAUGAGGGUAGGAAAGAUAUGUAUAUAUAAAUUAAUUUCUAUUAAAAUAUUCACAGUAUCCUCUUAUAGCCACUUUACACGAUGCAAGUAAUUGCAAAAUUAAUUGCAUAAUUUCUUGCGCAAUAUCUUUAGCAAUAAGUUGUAACUAACUUUCUGGAAUAAAGUGAUUACACGGUGCAAACAAUUGCAUAAACUGACAUGAAAUAUACAGAAAUUUCUUUGACAGUUAACAGAGAAGAAACUCUCAAAAGUCUUAUUUGGUUUAACCUGCUUUUAUUUACAGUUGUUCCAUAUCCUUCUUAGACACUUUUUUUCCAUAACUACCAUAAUAGUGUUAAAUUGUUACUCAUAUAAAGGUUGAAAAGACUGUAUAUUGAUUAUUUAACAUUUUAUUGUACAUACUUUCAUCACUACCAUGAUUUCAUGAUUAUUACAUAUUACAAUAUAGUCCUGUCGCCAGGGGGGGUACAACGGCCUCCUUUAUUCAGAUGGACUUACUCAAGUUUUUUUUAUGUAUUUUGACCCGUAUAACACGAAUUUUUUGGGUAACAGGUGAUCCAGAUGUCGAUAAGAUUGUUAUAAACAAAGAACUUGAGGAAUAUAUAACAGCGAUUUCUCGCAAAACAAAAUAUUUUUUUGUAUUUUUUGGGUAAUUUUAAGCAAAAAAUAUUCCUACAAGUUUUUUCGUAGAAUGCAUAAUUUUCGAGAAAACCGCGGUUGAACUUUCAAAAAAUUGAAAAAUUGCAAAUUUUGAACCCGAAUAACUUUUGAUUAAAAAAUAAAGUAGCAAUUCUGCUUACCGCGUUUGAAAGUCCAAGUCAAAUUAUAUCGGUUCUGAUUAUUUGCAUUGCUAAAAAUUAAUUUUUUAUUGUUAAACAAAGCUAUAAACACAUAGUGUUUCCCGUGCCUAAUACAUGCGUUUUAACGCAUGCUACGUAGAAAUUGCCUCGCUUGCACUUGUAGCUACUCUACCUACUCGUUCGAUUUUAAAUGAGAAAUCAUUGAAAACAUCACUCACGCACUAGGUGUUUAUAGCUUUGUUUAACAAUAAAAUAAUAAAUUUUUAGCAAUGAAGAUAAUCAAAACCGAUAUAAUUUGACUUGAACUUUCAAAUACGGUAAACAGAAUUGCUAUUUUAUUUUUUAAUCAAAAGUUAUUCGGGUUCAAAAAUUGCAAUUUUUCGAUUUUUUGAAAGUUCAACCGCGUUUAUCUCGAAAACUAUGCAUCCUACGAAAACAAUUGUCAGAACAUUUUUUGCUUAGAAUGACCCAAAAAAUACAAAAAGAUGUUUUGUUUAGCGAGAAAUUUCUGUUAUGUAAUUCCCGUGACCCGUCAAAAUAGCCCGGUCAAAACAGCCCCGUCAAAAAAGCCCCGUCAAAAUAGCCCGAACACAAAAUAGCCUCGACAAAAUAGCCCGCAAGCAAAAUAGCCCCGACAAAAUAGAUCGCACACAAAAUAGCUCCGGUCAAAACAGCCCCGGCUAAAAUAGCUUCGGCUAAAACAGCCUCUUAUAUACAAUUACAUAAUUAUUUAUACAAGGUGUCCAAAAACUUAUUUUUAAUUUAAAUUAUUUGACAAAAAGGAAGAAUGUAUUUAAUUUAUUUAAUUUAAAAUGCAUUUUAUUGUUGCCCGAAAACAGAAAGAAAUGUUUAUAUCAUAAAUAAACAUUGAUUUUCUAUUAACUUAAAUGUUCAAACUUCCAAGAGGCAGCGAAUACAGGACUCGAGUUCUCUGAAAAGACCAUUUUUAUUUAAUGUGGUUAAGAUAAACAUCUGAAUUGAGGAUAAUUAUCAUUUCCGAAAAAAUGUAUUUUUAAGGAAUGAUUUCAUGAUGAAUUCUGAAGGGAGCUUUUUUGACGGGGCUAUUUUGUCGGGGCUAUUUUGUCGGCGGGCUAUUAUUCCGCGGCUAUUUUGUCUGCAGGCUAUUUUGUCGGAGCUAUUUUGUGUGCGGGAUAUUAUGUCGGGGCUAUUUUGUCAGAGCUUUUUUGACGGGGCUAUUUUGACGGGGUACCGUAAUUCCUCAAGUUCUUUGUCUAUAACAAUCUUAUCGACAUCCGGAUCAACUGUUACCCAAAAACUGUUGGAUCAACUGUUGACCCUGUUUUCUACGGGUCAAAAUAUAUAAAAAAAACUUGGGUUAGUCCAUCUGAAUUAAGGAAGCCGUUGUACCCCCCCUGGCGACAGGACUAAUACUACUAAAAUAAAAUUCGUAAAUAAUCAAGCUUCGGAGGAUGACAGAAUAUCAAUGUCAUCAUAAGUUGACAGAAAAGUAAAAACACGAACAGUGUAGCCUUAAAAGCACACAGUUCUAUUUAGCCGCAACUUCGAUGCAACAAGUUGCAGCAACUUUUCUGUGCAAUUUUUGUUGAUGACACGAUGCAAUUUCUAUUGCUGCAAGAAGUUAUACAAUUCAUUUCGCAAUUACUUGCAUCGUGUAAAGUGGCUAAUAAAAUUUUUAAAUUGCUAAUAUACACGGCGCGUCCGAGAACACGGACCACCCAAAAAAUUGAGGAAAUUUUAUAUAUUUUCCAUUUUCUUUUAAGUUCUUUUAUAUUAAUCAAAUUAAAUGAAUUAUCACGUGUAGUUUGAAGGUAGACCGAGCCGCCCAUAAAGAAACUAAAGAAAUUCGCAAAACCUAUUAAACCAUAAAGUUCUUAGAAUUCAUAAUUUAUGAAUCAACAAUCGCAAUAUUGAUUGUUUUGGGAAUAGAAUGAACUAUUGUAGUGCUCUAAAGUGUUUCUGAGAUAUCUUGGUAUUGCCAUGACAUCCUUACAGUGUAUUGUAUUUCUUAAUAACGAUGGAAACAUAUCGAAAGUCUGUUCAGAUUUUUACAUUUCUGGAAAAUGAAGCAAGCCAAAGGGAUGUGGCAAGACAGUUAAAUGUUAGUCAUUCAAAUAUACAUACAGAGAACUUAAUAGGUACCAACGAUUUACGGGUACGGGUACGGGUACUGGCAUGGAUGCCAAAGGGAAGACAACAGUCAGAGAAGAUCGCGUUUUCACUAUUGCUGUAUUGCGAGACAUGACGUAAACUGCUAGAAUGGUCCAAAGCCAUAUUAAUCAAGUCCAAGGACCAGUAAUAAUUAGUAUUUCUACUAUUCGAGAAAAUUAAGAGAACAGGGUUGGACAGCUUACAAUCCAGCAACGGGACCAUUACUUUCUGCUGCUUACAAAAGACGCAGAUUUGCAUUUGCCUGCGAACACGUUAAUUGGACAAUAGACGAUUGGAGAAAGUGUUGCUUACGGAUGAAUAUAGAAUAUCAAUUUAUGGUAAAGUACCCUCGGAAAUCGGUGGGAAAAUUUAUACUGAAAAUAACAAAAUUCAGUUUGGCAACACUGUGUGAAUGAUGAUAUUAACAUAUCCCUUUUAAGAUAAACAGAACUGUAAUUUAGUCCAGACAAAUUAAUAUAUUGUUUUGCCAACAAAAAUAAGAUGUUGUAACCAAAUUAUGUUUCAAAUAUGAUGUGCAAAAUAAUUUUGAAUUCGGUUCUGCUAAUGAGCUUGCUUUUUGUCGUUAAAGUAGAAAAAAAGUUAAAUUUAUCCUUUAUAAUUAUUAUCGUCCAGUUCUCGUCUAAUUAUUUUUACUGUACCAAUAUCCGUCGACUAAUUUGCAAUGAUUAAUGCGAUGUUAAGACAUCUUAUCGUUAGCGGCUUCUGGAAUAUCUUAGACAUAUCUAAUUUCAUUGAUAAAACGGGCAUUCCCACCGAUUUCCACUUCGACUAUAAAGAUGGUCGAAAUAAGGUUUACAGAUGGGCUGUAGGACGUUAUGCUGCCUGCACUCGGUCACAUUGGGUUGCUUUUGGUGGUGGCUCAGUAAUGUUUUAGAUAGAGAAUUUUUUGAGGCACACACGGAUCUUCUUUUGAUUGACACGGAUUAAUAGCACACAUAGACACAACGAAGGUCCUGAAAAAACAUAUGAUGCCAUAUGUUGGGUUUGUUGGCAUUUGACAAUGAUUUUCCGCUAAUGCAAGAUAAUGCGAGACCAUAUACGGCACUGAAUGUAACACAGUACCUUGAAGAUGUUGGUAUUUAAAAAAUGGACUGGCCUGCUUAAAGUCCAGAACUUAAUCCUAUUGAGCAGAUAGGAAGCUACCUCAAAAAUCGUUUAAGACGUCGUAUACAUACUCGAACAACAUGUGAAGAGCUUCGAAUAGCUCUCAUUGAGGAAUGGACCCCUUUUCCCAAAGACCCAAAGGGACUUACAACUUACAAAACGUGAUCAAUUCUAUGCCAGAUGGAAUGAGGACCGUCAUCAAGAACCGUGGUAGUAACAGACAUUAUUGAAAAGAGUGAUACUUGCCUUUUCUGAACCCUAUAAUCAAAUUAUUGUUAAAACUAUAACUGUAAUGGUACAUCGAAAUGUUCAAUAUAUGUAUUUAUUUUCUCAAAAU